AUGGAGAUUGAGCAAGACGAAGCGUUCAUACCACAGGUUGAUUCGUCGGUCAAGCCAUUUGAUUUUGAAGUAGGUGAAUCUUUGCAAGGCAGACGUGGGGCGCUGAUGAAAAUAACAAGAGAGCUCAUCGAUGAUGCAUCGCUGACUGAGGCGAGAACCAAGUUUUUAAUGGGAGAACUCAAAAUUUUAAAAUGGGAAGUUGGUGAGAUUGACGACAAGGAAUGCAUGAGCAAGAGAUUGAGUAAUUACAAAGGCCAUGAGACAUUUCUUGUACGCGACCCCAAGCCUAUACAAACUAAAGGUUGUGGCAAGCGUCUAAAGUCGAAUAAAGAGAAAGUCAUAUCUCAAGGUGCUCGAUCUUGUAGUUUAUGUAGGCAGAGGGGCCAUGACAAGCACAAAUGUUCCAAUCAUAUCAUUCAACUUAAAGAUGAUCCAUAA